AUGCUCAAACUCGAGCUCGUGCCGGCCGCCGGUGACAAGCUCGUGCUCAAGCUCUCUCCUCCGCCGCCGCUUGCUGACAAGCAGGCGUCUCUGGCGGACAACACGGCCGUCGUCGACUCUGACGGAGGUAACGCCGUCGGCAUCCCCUCCGAGCCCGUCUCGCUCAAGGAUGGCAUCGACACCGGCACCGGCGGCACCUGCACCGCCAACACCGGCACUGGCAACGUCCCGUCCGAGGGCGAGCCCGCCGGCUCGCUCGCCGGCGUCCACUUUGCGGGCGUUUCGCUCGACGCCGUGCCCGAGGCGUUCACCGUCGACGAUCCGGCCGGCGCCAAGGCCGUCGGCAUCCCGCCCGAGAGCGAGCCCAGCCCGCUCAAGGACGGCAUUGACGCGAGCGGCGGCAACGUCGCGGGCGAGUCUUCGCCGAUGAAGUCCUUCGCGAAGGUCGGAGUCAUCUCCGAGUCGGUGUCGCCUUCGCUCCUCGGAGCGAAGGCGUGCGGCGUCAAGGACACCCCCGUGGCAAAGUCUGGCACGGAGGACGUCCUCAAGAAGGACCCGGCCGCGGAAAAGGCGCCCGACGCGGGCGCGGUCGACUCGGACAAGGCCAAGGCCAUGUUCGCCACCCACCCGCCCGCCGUUUUCUGGUCCAAGUUUACGCGCCCGACCGGCCCACCGACGGCCCCCACCGGCGCCGUCAAGGGCGCCCUCAAGAAGGACAUCCCUGCGGCAACGUCUGGCGCGGAGGCCUGCGUUGACGAGACCGGCGCCAUCAAGAACCCGGCGCUCAAGCCGGCCACCGAGGCCGCCACGGCCCUCAAGCCGGCGGAGGCCGGCGGCGCGCCGCUGCCGUCGAUCAAGGAAUUUCCGGAGGAGAAGAAGCCCGCCGCCACGGCGGCGAGCGCCUGCAGAAGCACACGCGGGUAUUGCGGGGACACGCGAGUCCUACAGGCGGGCACUUACAUUGAUCCUAUUGAGCGCAAGGAGUCUCCGCUAGCGGAGAAGCUCGCCCCGGCGGGCAUCCCCGACAGGGCCACGCGCCGCAAGAAGGGGCGCAAGGGCGCGUCCGCCCCGAUCGUCCGCACCAAGAGCAUCACCCCGGUCGGCGGCAACAACAGGUUCGGGGCCCUGCUCAAAAUGGACGGCAACGAGGGCAUCCUCGGUGGCACCGGCAAGGUGACCGGCGGCUCCACGCCGCCGACCGCAGACUCGGGCGCGACGGUCGACGUCGAGACGACCACGAAUACCACGCCCGAGGGCUCUGCCGCCGGCCGGUUCCCGUGGUCAAAGUCCUACAACUUGCUCCGCCUCUUUGGCAUCCUCGCGCUGUUCUGCCUCGGAGCCGCGUUUGCGCACUCCUCGUGCUCUGCCACCUCCGCGCUUCUCUCCUCGCAGCGGUACGACUCCCCGUGGCCGACAUCGCCUCCCGCAACCGUCGCGAAGCCGUUCACGCCGGCAUCGCCCAACGGAUUCUGCGAGGUUGGCGGCAACGACACCAGCUCGUUUGCAGCCAUCGUGUCGUCGGACAGCGCGCCCGCCAACCACCCGGUGCGUGCUCGCUCGCGCGUGCUAGUAUCCGCGCCGCGCAAGCUCGUGACUAACAGCCCGCGCGCUGUUCAGGGCGGGCACGAGGACGGGCGCUCGUGGGAAGCACUGAUGGAAGCGAUCAAAGAGGCGGUGGGCGAGCCGUUGCACCUAAUUGGCGAGCCGCCGGCGUCCGUCAAGGACCUUUACGAGAAGCAGCCGGGCGGGGCCGACUUGGAGACCGCCCCGGCCUCGCGCAACACCAUGGAGCGCAAGGGCGAGCCCGAGAUCGACUCUAUCGGUCCCGUCUACAGCAGCAGAUCGGGGAUCAUCGUUCGCGAAACCGUCCUGCCCGUGAACGGCACGUCGCCCGAGAUGCGGUCCGCCGACGCUGGGAACACGCCCGAGAAGCUGGUUGAGACUGGCCUCGGCGCGCCCGUCUCUAGCAUGCACGCCGGCGGCGAGUGGCGGGUGAACAGAUUGGCGACCGCUUCUCCAGCCACAACCAAGGAUCUCUUCCUCCAGCUUGGCCGGGCCAUCGACCCUCUUCUCGCGGAGCCGGCAUGGCCUGCAGAGGUCCGUGCCGCUCAGAUCUCCGAUUCGAACUCGGUCCAGUCCGAUAUCUCCUCCGUCUCACGUGUGUGCGCCGACCGGCAGCCACGCUGCGCCGCCCCCGUUGCGUGGCAUGCGGAGCCUCACCACGCACUCACCGACGAGCGCUCCAUCGACCUGCCCUCCCCGUUCCACUUUCCCUUCAUGAGCGGACCCUCCUCUUCCGCGCCUGUCCGCACCCAGCAGCGCUGUCAGUUUUGGGCCGCCUUGUUCGUGCUGCUCGGAGCGUGCGGCGGCGUGCUGAGCUCGGUGCGGAGGAGCAGCUCGGGGCGCCUCGUGCGGUGCCGGACGGGGGCGAGGCGUGGCGCGUGGCUGCUGAUUCUCGCCGCGCUGCUCCCGCUGGCAUGUGCACCAUCAGACCACACGUCUGGCUCAAUCGACUUCCAGGUCACUGUGGGUGGCGGCAGCUUUCAGUCCGAUGUGUCGUGGGACCUGACGUGCAGCGGCGCGUUGAUCGGCAGUGGAGGGGCCCCCUACUCCGGCACCCUGUCCGCGCCGCUCGGCGAGUGCACGCUCAACAUGUACGACUCGUACGGCGACGGCUGGAACGGCGACUUGUGGAAGGGUGCGGGCUAUACGUUCACGCUCGGCUCCGGAUCCUCCGGCAGCAAAACGAGCGGCGGCACUCCAUCGUCUAGCACAGGCCCGAGCGGCGACCACACCACCGGCUCGGGCUACUACCUCUUCACCGAGGCAUCUGGAAUCUACGACACGCUGCACCAGCUCGAGAGCCCGCUCUUCUCGCUCCAGCAGGACGCCACCCUCUCCUUCUUCUACCACAUGUACGGCUCCAACAUGGGCACCCUCUCCAUCGAGGCCAACGGCACCGAGACGGGCUGGUCGACGCUCUGGGGCAGGACCGGCGACCAGGGCAAUAGCUGGCUCGAAGCGGUAGUGAUCCUACCCGCCUCGACGACGAAGGUGCGCUUCAACGGCCGGACGGGGCCGGGCUGGAGGUCGGACAUGGCGCUGGACGACGUCUCCUUCUCGCAGUUUACGCCUCCGUCCCCGCCGCCUCUCUCCCCCGGCUUCGAUGAGGAUUCGCAGCUGGAGCAGGUGCCAGAGGUGGAGCAGGGCGUUUUAUGUAAUGAGGCUUCCUCGUAA